AACUUGGUAAGUACCUACUCCAUCGAGUCAUCAACAUAGAACUUCGAUGCAUCGGGCUUUGUUGGUCUCGGAAGUCUUACUGGAAAUAUUCGUCUACUUGAGCCAAUCCCCAAGCACAAAAGUACUAGUAGGGUGCACUGAAUCACUAACGCGGAAAUCCCUUGCAGCGCUUGCCAGGACAUGCAAAACCUUUCACGAGCCUGCAAUGGAUUUGCUUUGGGCUAACAUUCAUGGGUUACGGCCACUGUUAGGAUGCGUACCGAGGCUACAUCCAAUGAUAUAUGAUACUGGGAUUAAGUACUCCUGGUCUCAGCGCGUUGGCCCAUUAGCCGAGCAUGAGUUCCAUCAAUUUUUGCAUCAUUCUGCCCGUGUGCGCAACAUGUCCAUAUCCGAGCCAAACAACAAUUAUUUUCACCUUCUCACGGCCCUCCCCAUCGAGACAUGUUUGUUCCCGGGACUGCUGUCAUUAUCCUGGAUCGUUCAAUGCACGAAUACCAGAAUCCUACACUUUUUCCUAUCCCCUACGCUUCGCCGUUAUUGUGUAUCGGACCUCCGAGUCCAUUCAGAUAUGGAAUAUAUUGGGACAAGUUGUGCUGCUCUGGAGGCGUUAACCGUUUUGAAGGAUAGCGACACAGCGCAGCUGUCUGAAACCGUCCGUUCAUGCAAGCGGCUCAAACAUCUGCAAUGUCCACCGCUCGACUCGGGAGUAUGGAAGCACCUCUCCACCAUCCCUACCCUUCUUACGGUGAGGAUUGUCGCAUCGCACAUUUUUCGUUACCCGUUGGACCAGAACAAACUCGAUUUUGCACCUUUCGUCAACCUUACGAGUCUGUCUUUCCAUGGAGGGAAAGUGGCAGCUAUUAUCACAAUUAUACAACAUUCCGAAUUCCCCUCGCUAAAAGAGUUCGCGAUGCAUGUCCGUGUUUUACCUUGGGAAGAGGCCGAGCAGCUUUUUCGUGCACUGUCGCAGUGCAAAGCAUGCCAGACCAUUGAGCACAUUAGCAUUUCUUCCCACGAUCGAAUUCAGGAGCACUCGAGCAACUCUAUGACGGCAAUUAGACACUUUAUGUGCUUUACGCAGCUGCGAACGCUGAGAUUAUCUGCUUGUUGCUCCAUGUACCUUGACAACGACCUUCUUUUGGAAGCCAUGUCAAGUUGGCCGCACAUUCGCACCUUGUUAUUUGCGGACCGGCAUCCUUGUCCACCUACCGUUACAUUUCGCGGAUUAUUCGCAGCGCUCAGCCGAUGUCCCCACUUGCAAGACCUACUAAUGUUCAUCGACGCUCGGAACAUCGAUAUCGAUCCUGAAACCGAGUCAUUCCAACACACUUCCCUGCAAAGUUUGAGAGUGGGCGCGUUCGAGGAACCGGACGCUGAAGCUGUUGCUCGCAUCAUUUUCUCCAAGCUCCCUUGCAUCAAUUGGGUUGGGUGUGGAGGCGGCCACCCACAGUUGUGGCACGAUGUCAACAGUCGUCUUAAAUCUCUCAAAAAACAAUCUCCCUAGGUGCUCGACUACUGUGUCACAAGAGCAGUCCCACAGACCUGAGUACAGGGUACCCUCUUGGCAUUCGAUGCUUCCAUGAUUAGAAUGAGGACUUCGGGGCACGGAACGAGCAAGGUAGAAAUUUGGGAAGUACAAGACGACAAACAUACAUAAUUCAAGUCGGCAAGUCCGUCAUCGUUCAACUAGAGUACGAAUG